AUGAGGAGGCUCCGGCUGGCCCGGAGGGGGCCGUGGCCGGGCAGGGGCUGCGCGGUGGUGCUGGCGCUGCUGGCCGCCGUGGCCUUCUUCGCCGUGGCGCUGUCUCUGGCCAGCCUGCAGCAGGCGCCCCCGGCCGGGGAGAGGCUCCUCUCGCCGCGCGGGGAGAGGCGCUUCUCGGACGGGGCGGAGCGGCCCGAAGACCUGGCCCGCCCCGUCUACGAGAAGGCGCCGCCGGACCCUUCGGCCCCCGGGGAGUGGGGCAAGCCUGCCCACCUGCAGCUGAGCGCCGAGGAGAAGAAGGAGGAGGAAGAGCUGGUGGAGCAAUAUGCCAUCAACGUGUACCUCAGCCAGAAGAUCUCGCUGCACCGCCACAUCCAGGACGGCCGCAUGGCCGAGUGCAAAGCCAAGGCCUACCGCUACCGCCAGCUGCCCACCACCUCGGUGGUCAUCGCCUUCUACAACGAGGCCUGGUCCACGUUGCUGCGCACGGUCCACAGCGUCCUGGAGACGUCUCCGGCCGUCCUGCUGAAGGAGGUCAUCCUGGUGGACGACCUGAGCGACAAGGCGUACCUCAAGGGCCAGCUGGAGAAGUACGUCAGCGGCCUGGAGAGGGUGCGCCUGAUCCGCACCAACAAGCGCGAAGGGCUCGUCCGGGCGCGCCUGAUCGGGGCCACCUUCGCCACCGGGGACGUCCUCACGUUCCUCGACUGCCACUGCGAAUGCGUCCCCGGCUGGCUGGAGCCGCUGCUGGAGAGGAUCGCCGAGAACAUGAGCACCGUCGUUUGCCCCGUGAUCGACACCAUCGACUGGAACACCUUCGAGUUCUACAUGCAGUCGGGCGAGCCCAUGAUCGGGGGCUUCGACUGGCGCUUGACGUUCCAGUGGCACUCGGUCCCCGACUACGAGCGCCAGAGGCGGAAGUCCAAGAUCGAUCCGAUCAGGUCGCCCACGAUGGCCGGGGGCCUCUUUGCCGUGAGCAAAAAGUACUUCGAAUACCUGGGCACCUACGACAUGGGGAUGGACGUCUGGGGAGGAGAGAACCUGGAACUCUCCUUUAGGGUGUGGCAGUGCGGGGGCAUCUUGGAGAUCCACCCCUGUUCGCACGUGGGGCAUGUGUUCCCCAAGCGCGCUCCGUACGCCAGGCCGAACUUCCUCCAGAACACGGCGCGGGCGGCGGAAGUGUGGAUGGAUGGGUAUAAAGAGCACUUCUACAACAGGAAUCCCCCGGCACGGAAGGAGAACUACGGAGACAUCUCGGAAAGGAAACUCCUGAGGCAGCGCCUGAAGUGCCAGAACUUCGACUGGUACCUGAAAAACAUAUUUCCGAACUUGCACGUGCCGGAGGACCGCCCCGGUUGGCACGGAGCCAUCCGCAGCGUGGGCAUCUCUUCCGAGUGCCUAGACUACAAUUCCCCCGAGCACAACCCGACUGGCGCGCACGUCAACCUCUUCGGGUGCCACGGGCAAGGAGGGAACCAGUUCUUUGAGUACACGUCGAAUAAGGAAAUCAGGUUCAACUCCGUGACGGAGCUCUGCGCCGAAGUUCCCGACCAGAAGGAUUUCAUAGGCAUGAGGAACUGCCCGAAAGACGGCGCCGCUAUCCCAGAAAACAUCGUAUGGCAUUUUAGAGAAGACGGGACCAUCUAUCACCCUCAUUCGGCAAAGUGCCUUAGCGCUUACCGCACUCCCGAGGGCCGGGCUGACGUGCAGAUGAGGACAUGCAACGCCGAGGAUAAGAACCAGUUGUGGAAGUUCGAAAAAUAGAAAUUGGCCUGUUGGUCUGGGAGUGUCUGUCCAAGACUACUUCCAGCUGACUUAGUGUGUAUUCCCACUAAGUAUGGCUUAGCGUGUAUUCCCAUUAACUGUUAAUGCCAGAUUUAGGUAGCUUCUAAAAGGAAUUUAACAGGUUUGGGGAUGGCAGUGAAUGACUG